UUGGAUUUUCCGGAUUUAGGUCAUGUCCGGUGAGGAAGUUGUCCCAUCUAAAUGAAUGUUGGCUUGUUGUGAAAUAAUUUUUGCAACUCUCCAAUGAGGUUUACUUAAUUUUUUUUCUAGACGUUUUGGAAAAAAAGGUUUCACCAACCCUUGUCGUGAUGGAGACGUCAGAGCCAGGCCCGGCAGAUGGAGAGGAGCGUCUGGUGGAGCUGCGACCUCGGACACGCUCGAACCCUGAAGGUGCAGAGGAUCGCCGCAGCAGCACAGGCAGCCUCGGCGGAAACAGUAACCCCAGCAUCUCUCAGCCCGCCGUGGGGAGUCGUGUUGAAGGGGAAGGCGAGGCUUCAACCAGUGACAGCCCUCCCAGUUCCACCACCACGACUGUGUCGGCGGCUGCAGCUCAGACUGUGGCCCCCACUGCAGCGGUAACAGCAGCAGCUGCAGCCUGCUCCACAGUGCCUCUGUCCUCCACUGCUGUUGCCAAAGAGAGGCCGAAGCCCGCACAGCAGCAGCAGCCGCCACUGACCACAGCAGUCCCUCCACCAGCAGAGUACCAGCUCAGAGUUCCCCGAGUCAACUGUCCAGAGAAAGUGAUAAUCUGCCUCGACCUUUCUGAAGAGAUGUCUUUGCCAAAGUUGGAGUCUUUUAAUGGAUCUAAAACAAAUGCCUUGAACAUUUGCCAGAAGAUGAUUGAGAUGUUUGUCAGAACUAAACACAAGAUUGACAAAAGACACGAGUUUGCCCUCGUAGUGGUCAACGAUGACGCUCUAUGGCUGUCUGGCUUCACGUCUGACCCCAGGGAGCUGUGCAGCUGUCUGUAUGACCUGGAGACCAAUGUGUGCGAGUCCUUCAAUUUGGAAGAUCUUCUUAAUGUAAUACGUUCGAAGAUUGAGCUCCCGUCGAUGGAGAAUGUUCAGACCAUCCCUCCUCCGUAUGUGGUGCGGACGGUGCUCAUCUACAGCCGACAUGCAGGACAGCUCCAGUUCAACCCUUCAGAGGCUUUUAGUAAAAUGCUGCAGUCUCCAUAUUUUUUCUUUGAUGUGGUUUACCUACAUAACGGGGCGGAGGAGCAGGGGGAUGAGACCAGCUGGAGGGACAACUACACUUCUUUCUGCAACCUGGACUCAAAGGGCAUGUGCUAUCGCUUUGAGGUUUCCCUCAGUGGACCGGCCAUCGAGCUGCACAACUGCAUGGCCAAACUUCUGGCUCACCCUUUGCAGAGACCUUUUCAGAGCCAUGCGUCUUAUAGCCUGCUGGAGGGGGACGACCCCCAGGACAUUGAGGCAACCGUCUAAAGCUGCAAACGCUCCAAGGGCCCUGUUUCACUGAAAGCUCGGACACUGUAGUUCAUCAAAAAUGUCAGGAUUUUACAACUACACCAUAUUACUGAAGGCUUUUACCAUUAUAUUCUGCAGAACAAUGAAAAGAAACAACAUGUUACUAUUUACACAACCAUUGUUUUUCAUGAAGAGAAAUGGAUGAGUCAUGGUUCUUAACUGGGGAUUAAUAAAAUAAUCUGAUUGUGAAAUGUAUACAUAACUGCUGGAAGUUUCCUGGAGAUGAGGCGAUGAAGUGGAAGUCAGAGUUGAAGAGCAGGGCACAAUUACGAGGUGAAGGUAAAAAAAACAAAAACUGGUGAAAGCCUCUUGCUUUGUUAAACUUACACCCCUAAUCGUUGUUUUCUUCUUGCUAAUCUUAGACCUCACUGAUCUGGCUUUAAGUCACUUAUCAAGGGUCAGUAUGAACAUGUGACAGUCUCCCAUAGCUGGCCUUCUGAGACUUUGAGAAACUGUAUUUUGAUUUACUUUAUCGCAGAGGUCACUUCUUCUGUAUCACUGCUUUUUCUUAAGUAGGUAAUUUCCUCCUUUGGCUGCCUUUUUUAUUGUGACUUUGAUUUUAUAUGUUUUCAGUCAUUUGUUCUUGCAUAUUAGACUGGCAAUUGAAGAAUGAAUAGUCAUGUAGAAGGGGCUUUUCUUUUCUUUUUGACAAUUUUUGGCACUGAUGGGCUGAUUGUGACGAAGGCUCUUCAGACUGCCUGUCUUGCUGCACAUUAAAGAUAUUGUACAGAUGAA